AUGCCGCACAAGAUGCAGGUCAAUUUGAUAAACUUGUUGGUGAGGUAUUCUAGUCCUCAGAAGGCCUUCCAGUGGUCCCUGAGAUACCACAUUCCAAGACAUCAACUUCCUGUGCAAGUAUGGAAAAUGCAGCAGAGUCUACCACCUGAUCUACAUCUUGCUGACAUUCAGCACAGGUUGAAAACUGCCUCGAAUGUUUUCCCACUUGCAGGUGGUAUAAUCAGUGUGGACACGGAGUAUAAAUCCACAUUGAGCUCCAUCUUGCCUCAGGAGAUUGCUGUCAUUCAGAUUGCAGUUCUUGACAGAGUUUUCUUGUUAGACCUAUGUGAAAAAGGAUUUUAUAAACACCCAGAGACAGUUGAAUUUAAAAGGGCCUUAUUCUCCACAACAAAUGUUACUAUACUGGGUUAUGGCAUGACUGGAGAUCUCCAGUACCUCUUGAAUACAUGGCCUCAGUUAUCAAAGGAGCCACCACAGAUGGAUAACAUCCUUGAUCUUGGUCAUGUUCACCAAAAGAUUAAGCUUUAUAAGGAAUAUCGAGGUCAAAGUGGCCCUAAAGAGGUCUGGUAAGGAGAACCUUCUGCAGAAAAAUGGCUCAGUCUACUGGUAAAAGAAGUCCUGGGAAGGCCCCUGGACAAAAUGGAGCAGCUAUCCAACUGGGAGAAGCCACUGCGCAUCAGCCAAAUUAGAUAUGCAGUGGCAGAUGCCUACAGCUUGCUGGAUGUAGAUUCAGUUCUCUCCAGCAAACCAUCACAGUUUGGGCUCUCAGCUGAUCUGCACAGUAUCUCUUUCUCAAGUCACUCAGAGAUGAGCAGAGACGAGAAACAAAAGGAGGAACAGGACAAGGAGUCAAAACAAGCAUUUGACGAAGAGGUUAGGGAUCCAAUGCCUUUUCUCCCCAACAAUUUUGGAUAUGAAUGUCAGGGGGCUCAAGGCUUCAGUUCCUCUUAUUCUGACAUAAGGAAAGGCCUCGUGUGUGGCAGGAAGCCUUCAGAAGAUUCCCCCGGUUUACCCCUGCAGUCGUGGGUGGUGAGUGAUAGUACGCUGAAAUUACUCGGAAGGUAUCUGCGCAUCCUAGGAGUUGACGUGGUCAUACUGGAGAAAACCGAUGAUCACAGGGUAGCAGCAGAGUUAGCACAAGACGAAGGCCGUGUCACACUCACAUGUGGGAAGCCAUUUCAAACUAUGCAUUCCCAGGUGAGGGAAGGCCACUGUCUGUCCCUAGACAGUGCAGAAUGUGCAGUAAACCAGGCUAUUCGAGUCUUCAGACAUUUCAAUGUCCAGCUUACUCCCAGCAACGUAUUCAGCUGCUGUCAGGUUCUUCUGCAUAUUGGAGACCAGCUGGUUGGCAGGUCUCCCAUCAGCUCACAAGAGCAGCAGGACCUGCCAACAGCUGUUGCCCCACAUCGGAGCCAUUUUGCCCACUGA